CAAAGGAAGUGCUUCUUUUCGUCCGCUGGGGAGGAGUCUGUCGAUAUAUAGUUUCCUCAAUAAAGUGUAUUGUUUAUCUCAUGUUAAGUGAUUCUACAGUCGGCGUCGCGUUAUGUAAUUCGUUAUGUCUAUUUCUCCGGUUUUGGGGCAACAUAUUUCGAACAGUAGGUGAUUAAUAUCAGACGAACGCUACAGGUCGGAGGAAACAUUAACGGAACAGGAAGGCGGAACAACCAUGUCUCUGGGCCUGAAACAAGUCUUCAACAAAGACCGGACGUUCCGCCCCAAGCGCAAGUUUGAGCCCGGGACGCAGCGGUUCGACCUGCACAAGAAGGCCCAGGCCUCGCUGAACGCGGGGCUGGACCUGAGGCAGGCCGUGCAGCUGCCCCACGGGGAGGACCUCAACGACUGGGUGGCCGUCCACGUGGUGGACUUCUUUAACCGCAUCAACCUCAUCUACGGCACCAUCAGCGACUCCUGCACCGACCAGACCUGCCCCGUCAUGUCUGGAGGACCCAAGUACGAGUACCGCUGGCAGGACGACCACAAGUACAAGAGGCCCACGGCCCUGGCGGCGCCUAAGUACAUGAGCCUGCUGAUGGACUGGAUCGAGGUGCAGAUCAACAACGAGAACAUCUUCCCCACCAACGUCGGUACUCCAUUCCCUAAGACCUUCAUGCAGGUGGCUAAGAAGAUUCUGUCUCGUCUGUUCCGAGUGUUCGUUCACGUCUACAUCCACCACUUCGACCGCGUGAGCCAGAUGGGGGCUGAGGCCCACGUCAACACCUGCUACAAGCACUUCUACUACUUUGUCACUGAGUUCAACCUUACGGACCACAAGGAGCUGGAGCCACUGAAAGAGAUGACCUCUCGGAUGUGCCACUGAGCACCAGCAGCCGACAGCCUAGUCACAUCCGUCCAUUAGAAGACCGCAUCAGAGAACCAAGAAAUACAAAUCAGACAGAGUUUUUAUUUUUAUAUUUAAGUACUGUAAUCUGUUUUAGCCACAUAGGUUUACCCACAAAUCUAAUUGUGUUCCAUUUUAUUCCUUUUAAAGAUUUCAAGCAUUUUAUCAGAGCACAGUAUUAAUGUUUUGUGUUUAUUUUCUUUCAUUUGAAUCAUUCCAGAAUGUGUUUUUUCCAAUGUAAAUUUAACCUAAAUUGUAAUCAGUUCUGACAAUAAUUAAGAUUCUGUUUAUUAAAUUAAAAUCACUCUUUUCUCUGUUACUUAACCCUGAAUUGAUUAUUGGUGAUCAAACAUUCUUAGUUCACAUACUCUCAUCAAAACAGUUUUUUGGUUAAAGAUACUCAUCGUCUCUCUAUUUUAACAGUUGCACGUUCAUGUUGAUGAAAUGUAUUCAACACAUUCAACCCAACCUGUAUUUUAACACAAGAAAAUAUAAAUCGGUGAAGGUUUCUUUCCCUGAAGAGUUUUUACUAGAAAGUAGUCUAUUUUGGUUGCAGUUGCAAUCCACCCUUUCUUCAGUUCUCCGGUGUCUCCGUCCUGGCACCGAGAGACGGCAGCUGGGAGUCACACCAGACUCAACAGUUAGGGCCCGAGUAGCCACAAGGUGGUGUCAUGCGCAAGAAAAUACUAUAUUUGACAAUAAGGAAAUCAAUGCAAUGUCUUCGUUAUACCAAACAAACGAACCCAGGCACAUAAAUAAGAAAUAGUUUGGGCAUUUCCUCCGCGAAUACAGAGUUGUAUUCCAUGUUUUCCGUUGUAGUGUAUUAUUAUAAAAAAAAAAAUCAGUAUAGAGAUAUCAGUAUUAACUGUACUAUUUAUUUAUAUUCCACACCUAUAACCGUUCUGAUGUGCAAUAGGGUUUUCACUGAAUUUGAUGCAGUGUUACCUUUAGGCCUACUGUGAAUCCUGUCGCCACGACAAUCAUUGUGUAUUUAUUUACAUGCUGGCGACGUGCUGGACGGCCACCUCAUGGCAGUUCGUCCUGUUUUUCUUCUUGGAAUUCACCUCACUUGCUUAGAUAGUAUUUGCAACCAGUUGGCCGGAUAAUCUGCACGACUAGGUCAAUAUCAACGACCUGUUUUAGUUUAUGUGGCGGAUGUUUUGACGAAAAAGUUGGUUGCUAGCAAGCCAAUUCGUGUGGCUCGACUGUAAUUAGUUAGUUCACACCUGACGUUUAAUUCUCCUGCAAAUGCAUUGGCUCAGAUGUUGUCUCUCACACGCACACACGCACGCACGCACACACACACACGUUCAAAUCAGAGCUCCAGUCAGAAAGGAUGGGUGUGUAACUUUCACUGCUGUCUUCUAGGAACCAUUACUGUAACUUUACCAGGAAUGGACAGUGAUGUACAAUAUCCACCAUGUGACUUUGACCUUAACAACUUUAAAAGGAAGACACUACUGUAACGGUAACAUGUGAUACUAUUACAUAGUGCAUGUCGGUGAGUACACUAUUUCGAGUUGUCAUGCUUACUUUACUUGCCAGGCCAGAUCAAGUGUACCCAUUAAUAUUUACACAUAAUUGCAUCGUGUUCAAGCAAACGGCCAUAAACAUUUUGAUUCAAGCAGACACAGUCCCAAGUGGAAUAGUACAGCAAUAUGUGGCUGGCUCCUACAGCUUUAUUAUUAGUUUACUGUUUUGGAGCAAUACCUACCCUUUGUAUUCCUCCAGGCUCAUUUAUGUAGCAUGCCCGCUGAAGUCUACUCUCACCCCAGGAAGGGUUUAUGUCCCUGUUGACUGAUGCCUCAUGCUCUUCUUUCCUUUGACUCCUAGUGACACUAACCCCCCCCACCCCCCUGCACGUCAGCGUGCAGGCUUGUUUUGCACCAAACUGGACCAUGUGCUCUUGGCUGGAGAAAGACUGCUCCCAUGUUGCGUAAUGUGCUACAGUCGGGCCUAUGUAGCAUGGGCUGAAGGUUGGAGGAGGGGCAGAGAGCAAAGAGUCACAAGACAUUGAUUCUGGCAAAACAAACCAUACAAGGAUUUGACUAGGAUAUCCUUGAUAAACAAUGGUUCAUUAUUGGCGAACAGCAGAUCAAACGUUGCAUGGUGCCCUGAGGUCUAGUCUUGGUUGGUAUUGCAUAACGGAUUCUUAUCAUUGGGUGAGAGAUACAGGUACAGGUUGAUAUAGUAAAGCAAAUGAAAGUGUUAUAGUCUGAAUGUGUUUUUAAUGUAAACUAUGAAGACGAAGCAGGUUUCGUCCCGUGAUAAGCCUUCUGCUUUGGCGUUUGCCAGCUAACACAAAGCUUGUGACAAAACACAAUGCUCGUACAUCACUACUCCAGGACUUGUGUUUCAUUAUCACUGCUCCGAGAGCCCCCCCCCCCAGCCUCCUAACCAGCCUGUGGAACGUGAUCCUGCGGCCCGUCCGCCAGCCUCGAGACAGUAGCACACCACUGAUGCUAACCAUUCACUCAUCCCACCCCCAUGUGUCCUGAUCAGACAACUACUAUGAUGACGCAUAUGACAUGCCCCUGUUUGAUAUGUUGACAAUGUAACAGAUGCAUGAGAUGGAUGGUAAGGAUUGUAUUGAUAAAUCACGUUCCUGACGCACUCAGAAAUGGGAGACAGUCCCUUUUUUUUAUGGAGUAUCUUUAUGCAGUACAAUAGACUAAAAAUAUGUUUAACUACAGCUCAUUUUGUUAUCUUGCCCAUAUCAAAUGAUACAAAAUCGAAAAAUCUUUAAAUUGAAAGUCUUUCAAAUUUAUUUUCACCUCUUGUUUUAUAACAUUUACAGGGUUGAUACUCUUGUACUAUAUUGAGUCUGUCUUUCUUUUUUGACAUGAAAUAAUACAAUGUAUUGACACAGAGAGAAUAUUCUUACUGAUUACUAAAAUGUGGAAAGGUUAAAUAUCCUUCCAAUUGCAUGGAUGUUUUUUCAGGUUCAAAUCGUGCAUUGCACAAAGUCAUAGUCACAUUCACGCGUUAAGUGUCCAAACAAUCGUAUUGGCUAUUGUAUUUAUAAUAAAAUAUUAUAGUUUAAAUAUAUCUGAAAUA